AUGAAGAUAGUAGCUUGGAACGUCUCGGGUCUUCGGAGUUGUGUUUCAAAAGGCUGUGUUGAAUAUCUCUUGAGAGAAAAUGCCGAUAUUAUUUGCUUGAGUGAAGUCAAGUGCAGAAGUGAAGAGGAAGUUCCAGUUAAAAUGAAAUUGAGAAAUUAUCAUGCAUAUUGGAAUGUUGAAAAAGGAAUGUCAGGUGUCGGAUUAUUAUCGAAAUUGCAGCCAUUAAGAGUGUCCUUUGUCUGCUGUUAUGUUGUUAAUGCUGGUCGCGGUUUAAAGACAUUAGACAAACGAUUAGAAUGGAAUAAAAUAUUCGAUGAAUACAUUAAAAGCCUUGAUAAGAAAAAGCCGGUUAUCAUAGCUGGCGAUCUCAAUGUCGCACAUAAUGAAAUUGAUUUAGCGAAUCCACAAUCGAAUCACAAGACUGCUGGAUUCACAAAAGAAGAACGUGAAGGAUUUACAAAGUUCCUCAGUUAUGGUUUUAUUGAUACAUUCCGUGAGCUUUAUCCUGAUCAAACAGGAGCUUAUACUUUUUGGUCAUAUAUGCGAAACGCACGUGCCAAAAAUGUUGGAUGGCGUUUAGAUUAUUUUAUAGUCAGCAAGCGAUUUAUGAGCAAAGUGAAGGAUAAUAUCAUUCGAUCUUCAGUUAAAGGCAGCGAUCAUUGUCCGAUAGUUUUGUAUUUAAAGGUUUAAGUUGAGCAUCUACAUGAUUAAAUAUUGAUAUGUUGUAAUUGAAUUACUGGCAGUGCUAUAUAUGCAACAAUAAUAAUAAUAAUUCAUAACGAG